CCAGAGCUGGCAUGAGGUGCAAGCGCUUUGGAGAAACCUACAAGUCGCAUUGCACAGCAAGCAUACAUGUGCCAUAAUGGGCAGUCGGUGCAUGGGGAAUACGAAUGGGAAUCCAAUUUGAGCUUGAGUGGGUGGUGGGCCCUGAUAGCUGUGUGAAGCGCAUUGAAGAUCGGUGAGCAUGUUUGGAGUCAAGAGGUGGGGCGGGGCCGAGGUGCAUGAAACUAGCGGGGCAGAAGCGCAGGCGCGGUUGGAGGCAUGGAAGAAGAAAGCAAAAGAGCGUGAGGAGGCCAAGCGCAAGGAGGGGCAACAGGGUGACUUGCCUUUGGAGCCAAAUGUUGCAGGCGCCAAGAGUAAAAGCAGCUCACAGAAGGUGAAAAGAACAAGUAAGGGAGAAUCCAAUGGGGCUUUGGGUUCUGCCAAUGAGCACAUUGAACCCAGAGAGGAAAGGCAGCUAGUUCUUGCUAAAGAGCAAUCAGAUGCGGUCAGGAGAAAAGCAAGUGAAAAGGAUAGCGUCAAUUUGAAUGGAGAUAAAGCAAAGUUGCCUCCGGCCCUGGAUCUAAACAGGGCAGCAGACAAGGAGCCUGAUGGGGCUGAGCGUGAUGGUAAAGGUGGUGCUGCGCAGAAUGGCCCCAGAAGCACCGCAAAAGCGGCGUUUACCAAAUCAGCUCUCGCGCUUCAGGAGCAGAGUGCACGAAAAGCCGUAGAAACAGCGCGUGCCGAGAAACGGGAACUGAAGCGGCGGAAGGAAGUCGAGCGGGCGCACGACAUCAUUGCGAAGAAAGCAAAGAAGGCUGGCAAGGCAGUCACUGCGAAUCUAGAUGUGCCGCCAGUUGAUGCUCUAGAGGAGGAUGAAGAGGCAACAAAAGAAGAGAGGAAGCGCCUCAAGCGGCAGAAGCGAGAGGAGAGGAGGAAAACAAAGGAAGCCGGCGCUCAAAAUGACUCUUCGAAGAAACAGGCCGAUGAGCGAACGACAGCUCCGGUUGAUGUCGCCGAGCCUAGCGAGCCGGAGACCGGCCCUUCCAGUGAGGCUGUAGAAAGAAGUGAGCACGAGGACUUUUUAGAGGAUGAGGAUGAGCAGCGGACAGCAGCCGGGGGGGAGGCGCCUGCAGAGGCAGCGGAGCACCGCAAGCGGAAGCGAAGAAAAGCGGGUGGCGAAAGCGAAGAUGCGGGGGAGCAAGUGGUCCAAGAUUUUGGAAGUGGAGAUGGGGAGCACCGCAAGCGACGGAAGCAAAAGUCUGCUUCUUUGGAAAUCAGUUUGGAAGAACCCAAUCCCCAGUCUCUGCCAGAAAGCUUGGAGGGUGGUGGGGUUGAUGAACAUACUGCAGAGCCCCAAGCGGGCCCAGUUAUACUUCCUGAAGCUCCCCCCACAAAAGGCCCACCGCUUUUGCCGUGGAUGCGGGCACCGAUUGAGAUUGGGGAGGAUGAGGGAUUGGAACUGAGCCUUGUGCCUGGGUUGGAUCCAAGACUGAGGGGCGCGCUGGAGAAGACGGGGGUCGCGGGGCUGUUUCCGGUGCAGGCUGCUGUGUGGAGGGAAAUGGUGGCCAGCGGUUGUGAGGAUCACGACCUGUGCGUGUGCGCCCCCACCGGCAGCGGCAAGACGUUCUCGUAUGCGCUGCCCAUCUGCCAGGGCCUCUCCACCCGCAUCGUGCGCAGGCUCAGAGCGCUCGUUGUUUUGCCAACACGGGAUCUCGCCUCUCAGGUGAAGGCCGUGUUCGAGCUGCUGGCACCGUCGCUUGGAUUGGCCGUCGGUUUGGCGGUGGGGCAGACGUCUCUAGCAGGGGAGGCGCAGCAGCUGGUCUCUUCCGCGAGAUGCCCGCCAGGGGAUUGCGCUCCAGAGAGCGGUUCUUCACUGUCUGACAGUAACGUCGACAUUCUGGUGUGCACUCCCGGGCGGCUGAUGGACCACGUGCACGACACCCCCGGGUUUACGCUGCAGCACCUGCGCUACCUGGUGGUCGACGAGACCGACCGCCUCUUGCGACAAGCCUACCAAGACUGGCUCCCGAUCGUCCUCGCCGCUGCCUCCGCGCCCUCCAAUCAAGGAGACGUGUCCACCAUCCGACGGCCGAUGCUGGAGCGCGGCAUUCGGACGCCCGCGCCGCGCGUGGUGAAGCUGGUCCUGUCCGCAACGCUGACGCGGGACCCCGCCAAGAUCCAGCAAUUGCAGCUGCACCGCCCUCAUUACAUCGCUACGAGUGCGAGUGAUCACCGGUACAAAGUGCCGCCGCAACUGCAGGAAUACCGCCUGGUGUGCACCGCGGGGGAGAAGCCGCUGUAUCUCAUCGCGCUGCUCCACCAGUUGAAGGGCCAACGGACCAUCGUCUUCACCGCGUCCGUCGAGGCGACCCACCGCCUGUUCACCCUGCUUCAGGCGUUUGAGGGGCUUCCCGUAUUGGCCGGGGAGUACUCGAGCCUGCAGCCGCAGCGCGCGCGCAGUGCCACGCUGGAGGCGUUUCGGCGCGGGGAGGUGGACAUGCUGGUGUCCAGCGACGCCAUGACACGUGGCAUGGACGUGGAGAACGUGGAGAACGUCAUCUCGUAUGAUGCGCCCGUCUAUGCCAAGACGUACGUUCACCGAGCGGGGCGGACUGCUCGGGCGGGUCGUCCCGGGCGGUGCUUCACGCUGUUGCGGCGGGAGGAGGUGCGGCACUUCAAGGGCCUGCUGCGCAAGGUGGACAACAACUUCUGCCCCGACUACCCGCUGCCGUCCGCCGCCACCGACGCCCUCGUGCCGUUUUACACCGCAGCUCUUGAAAAGCUGAAGGAGACGGUGGCGGGGGAGAGCGCCGGAGGCGGCAGUACUAAGCAGCCCCCUGGAUGACAGGUCAGGGCUGAAAUUCACUAAAGAGUAGUCGGGGCUCAGUGGCUACAGCGUUACGUAGAGAAAGAGACCAUCAUGUCGAUCGUGGAUGCACCCUCAUCGAAGUCGGAAAGCUCGCAAGAUGCAACAUGAGGACAGCACUUUGAGGUGAUUCGUAAUCAAACUAGCUUUCGAUGCACAACAGAAUUCUGUGGCGGGAUAUGUGCAAGCUGCCAGCCAGACAGUGACUGCGGCUGCCAUCCCGUUUGCUGAGUGCACAAAUAAAUCUGCA